AUGAACAAAAGAACAUUAUCAGAUGAUCAAAAUGAUAAUGAGAAAAAUAAAACAGGAGUUAAAAGAUAUUUGAUGAGUAGUGAUGACCAUUUUGAAAAGCAAAAAUUAAAUUAUGAAAAAAACUGCGAUUCUAAAUUGAAUUAUAAUUCAUCAAAUGAAACAAAAGAAAACGAUAAUAUUAACGAUAUGAAUAAUAAUCAUGGUAAUAAUAAAAUUGAUAGUAAUAGCAAUAAUAAUACUAAUACUAAUAUGAAUAGCAAUAGUUCUAGUACUAAUAAUAGUACUCUAACUACUAGCAAUAAUAAUAAUAGUAAUAAUAAUAAUAAUAGUUAUAGUAAUAAUAAUAAUAGCAAUAAUAAUAGUUAUAAUAAUAAUAAUAAUAAUAAUAAUAAUAAUAAUAGUAAUAAUAAUAAUAAUAAUAAUAAUAAUUCAUCUUCAAAUAAAUAUUACUCUAACGAUUGUAAAAAAAGAAAAGGGAGGUACUCUAUGCCAUUUUUAAAAAAAGAAAAAAACAAUGUUAGUACUAUUUUAAUUUUGACAAACGUACCAAAAGAUGCUGAUGAAGAAGAUAUAAAAUCUUUCAUGCGUCCAUUUAUAAAAAACAAAAUACCAGAAAUAAAUUUUUGUGAUGAAGAAAUAAUAGUUAAAUUAUAUGAUGAUGAAUUAAAUGAAAAUAUGUACAAUUAUUUUAAUGAGCAUCCAACACAAAUAAAAGGAUCUUUUGUAAAAGUAAAAUUAUCAAAAAUAAGUGAUGAUAAUAAAGGAAAUCUAGAUACAUAUGAAACUAGUAGUAAUAAUAAUAAUAAUUCUAAAGAAAAAUUAGAAAAAAAAAAUUCUAAACAUAACAAAAAUGAGUGUUCAAAAGUUAUACUAGUAUCAGUAAUAAAUUUACAUUAUCCUGUUGAUAUAGAAUUAAUAUAUUAUCUAUUUAGUAAAUGUGGAGUAGUGGAAAAAAUAAUUACAUUUUCAAGAAAUCCAGUCGUAUAUCAAGCUUUAGUUCAAUUUAAAAAUAUAGAAACAGCUAAAGAAGCUAUCAAAACUUUACAUAACAGAAAUAUAUAUGAUGGAUGUAAUACAAUUCAAAUUCAAUAUUCUUUUUUAAAAGAGCUAGUGGUAAAAGCUAAUAAUUCUAGUUCUUGGGAUUAUACUACAACUAGUGCAAGCAAAAAUAAAGGUUUUUCUAAUUUUCAAAGUUCUCAUGGUGUUUUGCCUACUCCAACAAGAAAAAAUAAAGAUUCAGAAUUAUAUCAUUUGAUGGAAAGAAAAUUUAAGUUAGUAGACUUUGAAACAAAGAAUCCAUCAAAAACACCUGUUUUAAUAUGUUACAACAUACCAAAAGAAUAUACUGAUGUUAAUAAGCUUUUUAAUUUAUUUAGUGUUUACGGUUUUGUCUCAAGAAUUAAAAUAUUAAGAGAAAAGCCAGAUUCUGCUCUUAUUCAAUAUUCUAAUUAUUUAUAUUCUUCAUUAGCUCAAGAAUGUUUACAACAUGCCAAAAUAUGCGACCAAACUAUAGAAUUGCAUUUUUCAAAAAUACAUGAUAUAAGAAUUUCAUCUCAACAAAAAAAAAAUGAAUCCUAUAAAGCCAAAUCUUUUAACAAUUACGAUCAAAGAUAUUUAGUAGCAGAUCAAGUAAAAUACAUAAAAGGAGCUUGUAAACCAACCAAAACUUUAUUUAUAUCCAAUGUAAAUGAAGAAGUGAAUGAAGAAUGUAUAGUAAAUUUAUUUAAUAAAUAUGGAGAAAUUAAUAAGUUAAAAUUUCAGCCAAUUAAAGAAGGAAAAAAGCAUCUAAUGAUUACUGUAGAAAUGAAUUCAGAAGAUAUGGCAACGAGAGCUUUGAUGGAUCUUCAUAAUCAUUAUAUAAAAGAUCGUGCUAUAAAAGUAUCUUUUACAAAAACUAGACUACUUUAA